AUGGCUCAGUUUGGACGCGAGGCUCAAAUGGCUGAAGCAAAAGCUCUCGGCGUAGCUCGCUCGUUUCAGCCUCGGGUGGUCGAAGCUCAGCCCCGUAUGCUCCCAGAUGGACUAAGUUUGGUUCUGGACGGCUGGGAGGUCUCGGUUUCUCGGCUGCCGUACCAGUGCUCGGCUGCGGCAAAGUCUCUCUCUCCCCUAUGCUGCGCGAGUUCUCGCCGGUGUCGCCUGGAAGUGGCUCUGCUUCAGCCGACGAGUGGUGGUUCUCCGGCCGCGGCGCUCGUCGGAAAACAGGGCUCGUCCUGUCGCCGAAAAUCAGCUCGGCUCUCCUCCUCUGGAAUUGAUGCGCUCGGGUGCGCUCAAAUCUCCUCGUCGGAGAAAAUUCUUGGUCGCCUGGAACUCUCCGGGAAACCGGGUUUCCUCUCAGUGCUUGGGCGCUCGUCAGUCGCCUCUGCUCGGCUCGCCGUCAAACUGGUGGCUCUCGCACCUGGUGGAUCGCCUCGCCGCUGA